AGUCCUUCUCCUGCUCUCCCAGAGAUUCCACCAGCGGAACUUGAUCUCACUUUUUCCUUUGACACGAUCAUGGGUUUUUCAAAAUUUUCAGAACCACAGGCCGAGAAAGUCCAGAAGCGAGCUAGUAACGUGAUGAAGCUAACUCAGGAGAAUGAGAAGUUGAAAGAAGAGCUUAGAGCCAUGACUGCUCGCUUAGAAGCUGCUGAACGCAAACGUCAAGAGUUAGCUAGCAGA